AUGGAACUCUACCCGGAAAUUUCGCGUCUUACUCUUGACGACGACGAAAAGACAGCACUGUUCGUGCAUUUUACCAAUAAACCCGCUCAGAAAGCAGAAGCGGCUGCAGUUCUAUCAGCCUGCAAUAACGACGCCGCCAGGAUUAGGUCGCCUGCAUCCAUCUCUAAUGUUCGUCGACGCUCUCAUUCUCUCGACUUGAUGGACUUAGACACUCAGAAGCGGCGCAAGUUGCUCGAUGCUCAAAAUCAGAACGUAGAUCGGGUAUUGGAAAUACCGCCUCCCUCAACAUCUGCGCGCCAUUCAGUAUUUUUCAAUAAGGUUCAAAUUCCUCCAACUGUGCUAAACCAUCGUCCUCAUAACUGUUUGGGGCCGCCAGUUAUCUUUAUAAUGACGUUUGACCCGCUUUUGGAAAGUAUGGCGAGUGAAUAUCAAGGUGAAAAUAAACGUCUUGAGGCGUUACGGAAUUAUUUGAGCACCAUAAUUUGGCCGCUGCAAUCGAUCAAGAAUGAUGACGAAACAGCCGCCGAUGUCUUUAAGCGAAAGGGCAAGGAAGACUUGGAUACCGGUCUCCUAAACUACUUCGUUGAUCCCGAUGGCAUCACCGCAAAAAUAAGAGAUCGCCUUUUGAGCGGUCAUAGCGUUCUCAUGUACGGCCACCGCCAGAGUGGCAAGUCUACCUGCGCUUUCUCAUUACUUCGAUCGCUGAGAUGUAAGGAAUACGACGUAUUCGUUAUCGCCUUCGACAAAACGAUUCAAUUGAACGAUUCUAAGGCAUUCUGGCAAUCUCUAUGCGUUCGCAUGCAAUCUAUGUACUCGAAAAGGUUCAUCAUAUCCCAUGACGAAGUUGCUUCUGGAUCAUUCGUUAAAUUCUUUUCAAAGAUGGAAAACCCUUCUGGAAAGCCGGCUAUUCUCAUUAUUGAUGAGGCUUCCUACCUGACUAUUGAGCGUAAUCCAGUCAUCGACAGCAUCACCCAGGAGUUUCUCAGCACGCUGCGGUCUAUUCAACAACAUCAAGAUUCUCUUUUCUAUUCCGUUCUUUUAAUUGGCACUGAAGGAGCUCGUUGCCCACGAGAGAAAUGGAAUAAAGAUUCGCUGAAGGUAGACAGCUCGACGAACAAAACUUACGAGAUAUCGCUGGAUAUUUUUAAGCUCACCCUCGGACACAAGGGUCUCUUCGGCAGUUGUGGUGGUUUCAUUGAAGCUUCAUAUCAAACUUCCUCUACAAUUCUCUCUAAACUUAUCCCUACAGCUCCUAUUAGAACAUAUGAGGACUGGAGCAAGUACACUCUUGCUGACCUGCCGGAGUAUAUAAAAAAAUUGGGAGCAUACAAUUCUAUCUUUCAUUGUCUCUCAAAGCUCACGAAACCACAGAGGGAUAUUCUUGCCAAAAUUCUCCGUGAGGGUACUUGUGAUGUUAAUGAGAACAAUAGCAAUGCAUGGUUCCUCCUCGAAGAGGGAAUAGCUUAUGCCAUAGAGGCAUCGCACAGCAUGAUGAAACUCCAAUUCAGCUCACCCAUCCUUCAUACCUUGAUACUUAAAUACAUAGAUUCUCCUCCAGUCUCCAUACCUGACAAUGUCCCAGAUCCCAUUGAUCCCUGA